UCUAUAUAACACACGCACUUGACUCUGCUGCUCCUCUACCUACCUACUGCCUCCAUUCCCACCACAGCUAGCUACCUUCAGCCUUUAGCUAAGCUCUUCUUCUCCUCUUCCUCCUAUCUAAGCAUCGAUCUUCUUCAUCUCUCGGUGAUCGGAUUCGGAUGGACAGCGCGAGAAGCUGCCUCGUGGACGACGCGAGCAGCGGCGGGUCCACGGGCAAGAAGGCGUCUCCGGCGCCGCCCGCGCCGACGACCAAGCCGCUGCAGCGCGUCGGCAGCGGGGCCAGCACGGUCAUGGACGCGCCCGAGCCCGGCGCGGAGGCGGACUCCGGCCGCGGCGGGCGGCUGCCGUCCUCCAAGUACAAGGGCGUGGUGCCGCAGCCCAACGGGCGGUGGGGCGCGCAGAUCUACGAGCGCCACCAGCGCGUCUGGCUCGGCACGUUCACGGGCGAGGCCGAGGCGGCGCGCGCCUACGACGCGGCGGCGCAGCGCUUCCGCGGCCGCGACGCCGUCACCAACUUCCGCCCCCUCGCCGAGUCCGACCCGGAUGACGCCGCCGAGCUCCGCUUCCUUGCCGCCCGUUCCAAGGCCGAGGUCGUCGACUUGCUGCGCAAGCACACCUACCCCGACGAGCUCACGCAGCACAAGCGCGCCUACUUCGCCGCCGCUGCGGCGUCCUCCCCUACACCGUCCUCGUUGCCUCCGGCCUCGUCACCUUCUUCGGGGGCCGCCACGCCCUCGCCGGCGGCGCGGCGCGACCACCUGUUCGACAAAACGGUUACGCCCAGCGACGUGGGGAAGCUGAAUCGGCUGGUGAUCCCGAAGCAGCACGCCGAGAAGCACUUCCCGCUGCAGCUCCCUUCCGCUGGCGCCGCCGUGUCCGGCGAGUGCAAGGGCAUGCUGCUCAACUUCGACGACGCGGCCGGCAAGGUGUGGAGGUUCCGGUACUCCUACUGGAACAGCAGCCAGAGCUACGUGCUCACCAAGGGCUGGAGCCGCUUCGUGAAGGAUAAGGGCCUGAAAGCCGGCGACGCCGUCGAGUUCUACCGCGCCGCCUCCGGCAACAGCCAGCUCUUCAUCGACUGCAAGCUCCGGUCCAAGACCACCACGACGACGACCUUCGUCAACGCGACGGUGUCCACCCCAUCGCCGGCACCCGUGAUGAGGACCGUGCGACUCUUCGGUGUCGACCUUCUCACGGCGCCGGCGCCGAGGCACGCCCCCGAGCACGACGACUACGGCACCGCCAAGACAAACAAGAGAUCCAUGGACGCCACCAGCGUAGCGCUCACUCCGGCGCACGCGGUGUGGAAGAAGCAGUGCAUAGACUUGGCGCUGACCUAGCUAAAGCUAGCUAGCGUACGUUUUUCCUCCAUGGAUGCUUCGCUUGCUUCCAAAUUUCCAUGGCAGUAGCUUAGAGCUCUUGAUCGAUCCAUGUAUUUUCCCCCGUUUUCCCCCUCGUCUUCUCUUACACGAGUUAGCUCUAAGUCUAAUCUUCUUUAAUCAGUCUACUGUAAAUUAAGCCCGUUCUCGAAA